AUGAGCAACUUACCAGUGAACGAAGGCGCGCUUGGCGUACAUCAAGUCGAACUUGUAGUCCAAACGAGACCAGGCCUCAGCGAUGGCGGUGGUGUUGGAGAGCAUGCAUACGGCGCGUGGCACCUUGGCAAGAUCUCCUCCUGGCACAACGGUUGGUGGCUGGUAGUUGAUUCCGACCUUGAAUCCGGUUGGGCACCAGUCGACGAAUUGGAUCGUACGCUUGGUCUUGAUGGCGGCGAUGGCGGUGUUGACGUCCUUUGGCACAACAUCUCCACGGUACAAGAGGCAAACAGCCAUGUACUUUCCGUGUCUUGGAUCGCACUUGACCAUCUGGUUGGCUGGCUCGAAGCAGCUGUUGGUGAUGUCGCUGACCGAAAGAGCCUCGUGGUACGCCUUCUCAGCAGAGAUAAGUGGAGUGUAGGCAGCCAAUGGGAAGUGAAUUCUUGGGUAUGGCACCAAGUUGGUCUGGAACUCGUUGAGAUCUACGUUGAGGGCUCCAUCGAAUCUCAAGGAGGCGACCUGUGGAGCUGGGUAGAUGGAGAACUCCAACUUGGACUUCUUUCCGUAGUCGACGGAAAGACGCUCCAUAAGAAGAGAGGUGAAUCCGGAUCCGGUACCUCCUCCGAACGAGUGGAAGACGAAGAAUCCUUGAAGUCCACUGCAGUUAUCAGCCAAACGACGGAUUCUGUCAAGAACGGUGUCGAUGAGCUCCUUUCCGACGGUGUAGUGUCCACGGGCGUAGUUGUUGGCGGCAUCUUCCUUUCCGGUGAUCAUCUGCUCUGGAUGGAACAACUUCUUGUAGGUUCCAGUGCGGAUCUCGUCAACGACGGUUGGCUCGAGAUCGACGAAGAUCGAUCUUGGCACGUAACGGCCGGAUCCGGUGUCGGAGAAGAAGGUGGUGAAGGACUCGCCCUCGUUGGUGGACUGUGUUGGCAUGGUUCCAUCGGGCUGGAUUCCGUGCUCGAGGCAGUAGAGCUCCCAGCACGCGUUUCCGAUUUGGACUCCGGCUUGUCCGACGUGGAUGGAGAUAACCUCACGCAUUCUACUCACUGA